AUGGAAUCUUUGGCAACAACCAUUCGUUUCGUCACGCUGAAGUCCCGAACACUAUCGAGGGAACUCCAACAAGCCGCUCUAUCCAGACUUCUGCGAUAUCUCUGUGUGCCUUUCGCUGCACUGCAGGAAACACGCAUGAGAGAUCGGCCCGUCAUCAGCAUCGAAAAUUACACCAUAUGCUGCGGCGAUGCUGAUGAGAACAAAGUAGGGGGCUGCGCGAUAGCUGUGAGGAACGAUUACAACAACCUGGUGGAGGAAUUUGGCUUAACGUCGUCUAGAUGCGCCUUUCUACGACUGCGGGAUCGCAGAGGACGUAAACUCUGGAUCAAUGCGCUGAUGUUCAAAAUACCAAGCCAGCAGGUGGUCAUUGUCGGAAUCGACGCAAAUGCGAAGAUGGGACUCGAACAGCAAUCCGAUGUGCUAGGAAAAUGGUAUUAUCCAGCGGAGCGCACGUCGGACAACGGUGACCGUCUGAUCGACUUAUGCGAACAGACGGGCCUCAUCAUAGCUUCCACAUUUAACAGGAAUCAUCGAUGCCAUCAGCUCACGUGGUAG